UUGAGUAAAAAUUAUUAAUAAUCUAAUUGGUAAAAGUAAUUAAAUUUUUUUUAUUUGAAGAUGGGUCAACAUGUUUCAAGAAAUGAUUUCGAAUGGGUUUAUACAGAAGAACCACAUGCUUCACGACGUAAAAUAAUUUUAGAAAAAUAUCCACAAAUAAAAAAGUUAUUUGGAUAUGAUCCGUACUUUAAAUGGGUAGUAACAGGAAUGGUUUUAAUUCAAUUCAUCUCUAUGUUCUUUAUAAAAGAUUUAAGUUAUCCAAUGCUGUUUUUUUUAGCAUAUUGUUUUGGAGGUGUAAUUAAUCAUUCUCUUAUGUUAGCAAUACAUGAAAUAGCACAUAAUCUUGCUUUUGGACAUGGUAGACCUAAAGCUAAUAGAUUAUUUGGAUAUUUUGUUAAUUUACCUGUAGGUAUACCAAUAUCUGUUAGUUUUAAAAAAUAUCAUCUUAUACAUCAUCGUUAUCAAGGUGAUGAAAAAUUAGAUACAGAUUUACCAACAUUAUUAGAAGCAAAAUUAUUUUGCACUACAUUUGGAAAAUUUUGUUGGUUAUGUCUACAACCAUUUUUUUAUGCAUUUAGACCUCUUAUUGUUUAUCCAAUGGCACCUACAUUAAUGGAAUAUAUAAAUUUUAUAAUACAAUUUACUUUUGAUGGAUUGAUAUGGUAUUUUUUAGGUGGAAAAGUUUUAGUUUAUUUACUUUCUGGAUCAGCAAUGGCAAUGGGUUUGCAUCCUGUAGCUGGACAUUUUAUAUCAGAACAUUAUAUGUACAGAAAAGGUUUUGAAACAUAUAGUUAUUAUGGUCCAUUAAAUUGGAUUACAUUUAAUGUUGGAUAUCAUAAUGAACAUCAUGAUUUUCCUGCUGUUCCUGGUUCAAGACUACCAGAAGUAAAACGAAUAGCUUCCGAAUUUUAUGAUAAUUUACCACAACACAAUUCUUGGGUUUCUGUUUUAUAUGAUUUUGUUAUGGAUCCUGAUAUAGGUCCAUAUGCAAGGAUAAAGCGAAAACAUAAAGGACUUGCUUCAUAAAAUUGAAAUUUUUUAAAAAUUUUUAAUAAAUAAUUUUGAAAUUAGCAUCUGAAACUUAAUAUUGCAUGUACAUUUAAAGGAAAAAGUAUUAUUGUUAAUUUAUUGUUAUAUAUAUUCAGUAUUAGAAAAAAAUGCAUACAUUCUAUGCAAUAGUAAGAUAUUUUGGAAAAAUUAUUAAUAAUCAGAUAUUAUUAUAUAAAUUAUUAACAUUUUUUAGUUUUGGUAUACUUGAUGAGAAUAUUUAUAAAAUUAUAUAAUUAAAUAAGUGAAAGAUGCUAAAUUAAUUAUUUUUUAUUUCAUAAUGUUUGUAAUAAUUGUAAUAAAAUAUAAUAAAGAAUACUGAGUUUUUAUAUGUAUAAUGAUAAGUGCUAUAAAUAUAAAUGAAAUUUCAUAAUUUUGUAAUCUAGUCAUAAUAAAAUAAGUUUUUUCUUAUAAA